AUGAACAUCCUCCACUCAACAUUAUCCACCUGGCGAGACCGGCUCGCCCCGGUCUCACGAACCUCCACCUUUCGCACCUCCGGCCAGAUCACACCUGAAGAAUUCGUCCUCGCCGGCGACUACCUCGUCUACAAGUUCCCGUCCUGGUCGUGGGGCGAUGCAUCAUCACCCUCAAAGCGAGUCUCGUACCUCCCUCCCGGAAAGCAGUUCCUGGUGACGCGCGGGGUACCCUGCCACCGACGGCUGAACGAGAACUUCGCGGGGGAUGCGCAUCUCGACGAUGAAAUUGUUAAGGACUAUCUGUCCGGUGGGGCGGGGGAUGCCAAUGGAGAUGGCGAUGAUAACGAUGGAUGGUUAAGGACGGGUGGGGGUGGAGAGCGCCAUGAAAGCACGAUUCGGGAUGUGAGGACGGUGGAUGAGUCCGGGAAGGAGGAGGCUGAGGUGGAGGAAGAAGAGGAGAUUCCGGAUAUGGAGGAUGACGACGAUGAGGAGGCUAUUAUCCGUGAGCCUGUGGGGGCAUCAAGCACCACUCAGCCUACCCGGACAUACAACCUAUACAUCACCUACGCCAACUUCUACCGGACACCCCGUCUCUACCUUUCUGGAUACCUCUCGCCAUCUGAGCCGCUGCCGCCCAGACUGAUGAUGGAGGACAUUGUCGGCGACUACAAGGACAAGACCGUGACGCUGGAGGACUUUCCCUGGUUCGACGGAAGUCUACAGAUGGCAAGCGUGCACCCCUGCCGCCACGCCUCGGUGAUGAAGACACUUUUGGACCGGGCCGAUGCAGCACUGAAACUCCGCCGCGAAAAGAUCAGGCAAGCCGCUGCAUCGGCCUCGCCGCAGGAACAAGCCAAGCUUGCUCAGCCGGAAAGCGGCCUAGAGGGCCUCGUUGACGACAUCAAGGGCCUUUCCCUCAGUGACGCCCAGAAGCAGGGACAGGGCGAUAAGGCGCAGGCGGGCGGAGACGAGUGGGAAGUUCUCCAGCAUGAUGAGGAAGACGAGGUCGCGAUCCGCGUGGACCAGUAUCUUGUUGUGUUCUUGAAGUUCAUUGCCAGUGUGACGCCGGGUAUCGAGCAUGAUUUCACUAUGGGGGUAUAA